UUGUUCUGAUUUAGAAGUCAAGCGAUCGGUUCUUCUCGGAUGUUAAUGUCUAACAGCAGUGGAAACAUACGAUGUAAAUCGAUUGGUUUUCAACUAUUACACCAUUACAAAUAUGGCGGAGAUGGAUAUGAAAACUAUAGAAAGUGACUCGAAGUGUAGAAUAUGUCUGUCUUUUUACACAGAACCACGGCUAUUGAGCUGUUAUCACACUUUUUGCACACCAUGCCUCGCAAAACUUGAAGUUUAUGACAAAAAUAUAACGUGUCCGUUGUGUAGAAUGAAAACAUGUUUACCGAAAAACAGUGUGAACAGUCUUCAAUCUUAUCCUUUUCAACUCAAACAGUCGAAUGAAGAACAUAUUCCAUUGAAUAUUUGUGGAUUAUGCACAGAUGAGAACACUGCAGUGGCAAAAUGCUUAGAUUGCACGUUUUAUCUAUGUUUGAAUUGUCGUGAUUAUCAUGGGAAAUUGAAAUCGUCAAAGAAUCAUGUUAUUGAUCCAUUGGAACAAUUGAAAUUAGAACAAAAUAUAGACAAACGUCUGGAAGAUGUCAGUGAAGAAUGCAAAGAACACAAAAAAGAUACCACAUUGUUUUGUAAACCAUGCAAUCUUUGGUUAUGUGUUGAUUGUUCAGAGAAAUCACACCGUCGACACGAUGUUCAAAAUUUAGCAAUGUUAAUUCAGUCUAAGAAAAAGAUGUUAUUGACUAGGACUGCAAGCUUAAAAUCUAGGAUUUCAGUUCUUGGAAAUGUGGUGGAAUUAAUUAAACAUGAAGAAAAUAGGUACUACAAACACUGCCAUAUAGUGAAAACUAAUGUGACCGCCCAUGCCGAAUGUUUGAAGUCCAUACUAUGUGAUACAAUCGACAUUCUAACAAGCAAAAAUUUGGAUAUUAUAGACAACAUUAAGAAAAAAGAUUUGAAAGUUCUUGCAAUUUAUUUGACGGAAAUAGAGACUGAGCAAUUGUCACUAGCUGGUCUAAUUAAAACUACAGACGAUAUCGUUAACAAGUCUCCAGAUAAAAAGUUUUGGAGAGAGUUCCCUGCUAUUGGUAAACAUCUCGAUAACGUCCUUAAGAAACCUGAAAACGCCUUAAAACCGUUUCACAAUAUAAGAUACGAAUGGGGAGAAUGUAAUGAAGCUAAGAUAGAAGAGUUGUUCGGAAAAGUGACCUCAAAUUCAAUAGAAAAUUUCAUAAAGCCCGUAUACCCGUCUUUGCCAAUUCCAGCAAUAUCGUCUAAAACAAACAACUUAAAGGUGUUUAGCUUCGAGCUCCCCAAAAAUGUUAAUGGUAUGCUUCCGGCUGUAAAUGAUAGAAUCUGGAUAUUGACAAAAAGUGUGCUUUCUACGUACAUGUACGGUGGAAAACUAUGCUCAAGUAUCACUCUCCCGGCUAACAUUAACCAAGUUUUUAAAAAUUCACGAAAUGAACUUUUGUUUUGGACUGAACAAUGUGCAAUGAAAAAAAGUAGUACAAAUAAUGAGGAAUGCUUUAAGGUUCCAUUUGAAAAUGGGUUGCCAGGUUCUAUAAUUCACAAUGAAAACUUGCUAGUUUAUAAUACAGACGAUAAUCUGAUAUAUGAGGUAUCAGAUCAAGACGGGAUUCAAAAUAAAAUUAGAAUUGAAGAUCCUAACAACAAAUUACCUGUGCAGAAUAUGUUUUAUGGAACACAUUUUAGGAUGAAACAAACUAAGAAGAACCUCAAUCUUGCUAUGUCGUGGUCUAAGCAAAUCGUUGUUGUCACCAAUAAAAGUGGAAUAGUCCUCAAUGUUUUCCAAAGAAAAGACGCAGAGUUUGAAGCUAUAGCAACAGAUAAUUAUGGUAACAUUUUUGUUGCCGACUACAGAAAUGAUAAAAUCGAUAUAUUAUCAGAAGAUGGCAUCUUUCAACAAACAUUAUUAGACAAAAAAAGAGAUGGCGUCGACGGUACUCUCCAAAUGGACAUCGACGAACUUGGCUAUCUAUGUGUUGUCGACACUGGUCGACUGGAACAUGAUCGAAUUAUGAAAAUUUAUUCAUACCAAUAAAAAUACAUGUCAGAAUAAAAUUUAGUGUUGGCAGACUUAUUUCUCUACCAUUUGAACAAGAAACAAAAUACUGUAGUAGUUUAUAAAAAGAUCAGAUGAUUAUAUUGAGUUGGAACAAAGAAUCUGUAUACUGAGUAGAACUCAGAUGAAAGAGAAUCUAGGGUCCAAUACACUAAAUUCCAAUUGCUUAUUUCAUUUUUUCAAAGGUCACUCAUCACUAAAAUUUAAAUUGAGUUCCAAGAAGAUAUAACUGGAUCCUCCAAACCAAAGAUGAAAUUUACAUCCUAGUUUCAAUUUUAGAAAGAGCAAAAAAAAAAAAAAAAAAAAAAAAACA